GGGAGUUGUAGCGUUUACAGUACAGCCUUUGAGAAGGCAGAAACUGAAGUAUGACAGGAAGCAGCUCUACAUCCGAUAUUCAACAUUUGGAGGGAUGAACGAAGACAUCAUGAACGAGAAGAAGAGGGCAGCACCAGAUGUGGAUUAAAGCACUGACGGCCAAUCAAGACAGAGAGUGGUCAAAGGAGAGUGUAGUGGCAAAACAAAUCGGCAAGGAUACUGUCAUUAAAAUAGCCAAGGGUGUCUACGUGACUGCAUCAAGAACUUUUACAGACUUUAGGACUUGAGAUUUUUAUGUGUAACAGCCACAUUUUGAGGACAAUGGAUACCUUGUCACAGAGCUCCAGGCUUGAGUGUAAAAUCUGUUUCAACUACUUCAACCAAUGGCGGCGUCCCAAACUCCUCCACUGUCAGCAUACCUGCUGUUCCGUGUGUCUAAGCCAAAUGAGGCUAAGUCAGAGAGAGAUCUGCUGCCCUUGGUGCCGGUGCAUAACACAGCUCCCCAACGGCAUUUCUGUCACCCAUCUCCCCGAUGACCCAGAAGUGCUCGUGGAUAUCAGUCUCUUUCAGUCAUCUGAGCACACGCCCAUCUUUAUACACAUACCAAACAAUGGCUGCUACCUGCUGCCCGUUCCUUUGGACACAGAUGGGGCUUUGCUCCCUGGCGAUCCGGCGUGCCGCUUUGCCUCCAAGAAUGCAGGUGUGUUAAAUGUAUCGGAUGGGAGGAGCCUGGUGUUGGGUGAGGAGCAGGGAGAGGAUGGGAUGGAGGAGGAGGUGGCGGUUAAGACCACGGCAUGGACAGGAGUUUGCACUGUGCUACUUGUGGCUUUCAUUUUAAUAUUUCUGCUAGGCAUUGUGUUGCACAACAUGUCCUGUGUGUCCAAACGGUUCACCAUUAUCUCCUGUGGAUGAGAGGGAAGACUCUGUGGUACAAUUAAGAUAUGAAAUGGACCCAUGAACUCCUGUAGCUUGAGUUGUCUUGUUUGAUGUCAAAUACAGUAGUAAUAAUGUGCAUCAUAGGAGGAAAAGGGAAUGAAAGAAUACUUGACUUCAGGCUGAAUUCAAGGGCACUAUCUAUGCAGACCUAAAGGUGUUUCAAAUGUCUAGAAAGCUCUUGGGGAAUUUGUUCAGUUUAUGUGCAGAAAUGUCUUUAAUGAAUCUAGCAGUAGAGACUAAAUGUUUUUGCUUGUCUUGUGUGUACAUGAGGGAAACUAGCUUUGAAAAAUCUAAAUUUUCAUUAUCUCUAGUGCUAAAGACCUGUGUAUUAUUGACUGUUUGUAGGGUUGUGCAGUCUGAAAACUAAAAUGCAGCAUAUGGUGCUAAAUAACAUCGGAAGAUAGUUGCACUGCCUCCUUGAAUAAUACUGAUAACUUUGAAUCUAAGUGAGUCCUUGCUUUAGAGAUUGCAAUCGUAAAAUACAGCAAUAUUUUAUCAAAUUUCACUAAUCAAGUGUUUUCAAUGGUAACAAACUGUAUUGCUUUUUAUUUUUACUUGUGGGUUUUGCCUUUGUCCUUGAUUAAACUAUUGAAAUCAUGACUUCGGGAGAUGGUUAUUAAACAUUAAACUGUCCCCACUUUGCUACAGUUCCACUUCAUUAUACCAAACAAUCUACUCUGCAGCUGUUUUGAAAAGCUACUCAAAUAUGUCAAAAUGGCUUUAAAGGGGUCAGGACAUUUUAACAUAUAAGAGAUCAUUUUACUAGAAAAACAUACUGAAAGUUUCAGAACUUAAAGCUUACUCCUCUCUGCAAAAAGAGCAUUUGUUGAAACCAAGCUGCCAAAACGACUCGUUCUCCACUUCCUACACAUUGUGAUGUCACACUGUGGAAUACAUUUGCAUCCAUAGAUUUACAUGCAUAGAUGCUGGUUCGGAUAUAUCAACCGCAGCGCCAUCUUGGAGUGGUGAACAAGGAGAGCUAUUUAAUGUAAGUGAAUGGAGAAUAAGUCUCAGACCGCUGCAUAAACUGCUUUUGUGUGGAAAAGGUUCAUCAUGUAAUAAAAUGACAGACUGGGUGCUAAUUUUAAGUGAUUUCCAUUAUAUAUUCAUUUGAAGAGGAAUUUAUUUGCUGUCCCACCCCCUCUGUUUUAGAAGUGAAGUGUAGCUGUCUCUCCCAACUCUGAGAUCUGGACACAAAUCUUCAAUAAUACUUUCUCAGUGACCACCAACACACAAACGUGCAACUCAUACAGUAUAAAACUAUCCACAGAACACACAUCACCCAAGACAAAUUGUUUAAAAUGGGGCUUGCCAAUACAGGUAUUUGUUCACAAUGCACUUUAGGUAACACAGAUAAUUACCUCCAUGCCACUUGGACCUGCCAACCAGUUCACUCCCUCUAGACAGCAGUAACUAACAAACUUUCUCAGAUCUUGGGCUGCAGAAUUCCAUUGUCCCCAUCACUAUGUCUACUGGGUGAUUCUACACAAAUCACUCUACCAAAUAAAUAUAAAAACCAGCUACUCAUUUCUCUGUCACUGAGAAAGUAAUCUUUCAAAACUGGAAAUCCAAGAAUUCUUGUCACAUCACUCACUGGAUUAAUCUACUCACAGAAUAUAUUUCAAUAGAAAAAAUAACCACUUACAAAACAAGCAAUAUAUCAGCCUUUGAUGAAACGUGGGAUGUAUUUUUAACCUCUUUCAAAUCUACCACCCCAAGACUGAGGCCACGUACACAUCCACAGACCCCAGCUAUAAUUCCCAAUUCCCUAAUAAUAUAAUACAUAAUACCCAAUAUGCACAUUCACAGACAAAUAAUUUCCCCUUCCUUCUCUAUUUCUCUCUACAUCUCUUAGCUUAUCAUUUGUAUUAGCAAUGUUAUUGUUUUUUGUUUCCCUUUUCCCCUUUCUUUUUUUUUAUAAUUUUGUUUCUUUUUAAAUUGUUAACAUCCAUGCACAAAUCUUAUGCACACAUGCAUGCACACAUGCAUAUGUAUUAUUUUGUUUAUUUGUUUGUUAUCUUGUUUUUCAUCCUAAUGAUUGUCUGUUUUGAAACAUGUUAUUGUCCUGUAUGUUCUAACAUA